AUGGGACCUAGGCCAUUAGGUAGAAUAACAAGGCAGUGGUGGGGAACUGUUCAUUUUAGAAUUGGCGGACGGGGUCAACAGAGGCCUAAUAAAGGGUUUGAUUGUAAGACACUGGGAGAUUUUGGCAAAAAUUUGGAAUUCUUAAGAUGGAACAAGUUUUUAAGGCGCCAAACUAUCGCACAAGUUUUGAACUAUUCAGCUCAGAAUCAAUAUAUUACUACAGACUGCCAACUAACCACUGAUGUAAAUUGUAAAAAUACGGAUGAUAGUUUUACCACUGAUGCUAAACCUGAGAAAUUAAAUUCUUGGGACAUUUACAUGGUGGAAAAGGGAGAAAAAAAAUUGAGUGAUGAACAAAUUAAGAGUUUAGAAUCAUUUUUAGCCGUAAAAUUCACCAAAAAACGGCAAAAACGCCUUCGUAUAUAA